AUGUCAAUGGGUUCAGCUACAGCUUAUGAACAAGAUGUCGUCGAGCAGAAACACCAUCAACAACAACAUUCUCAACAGCAGUACAGCAACAACAACAACAACAAUAAUAAUAUAAAUAGUGAAAACAAUACAAAUAACAAUGAGUUUUUUACUAAUACCAAUGGUAGUAAUAGCUUGAUGAUGUUAUAUGGAAAUAGUAUUGAUAAUAAUAAUAAUAAUAAUGUCAAUAUUAACAAUAAUAAUAAUGAUAGUACAACAUCAGCAACAACUCAAAUACCAACAAUAGCACUACCAACAACACCAGCAGCACAAAUACCAACACUACCAAUAUAUCUACAUCCAUCAUAA